UGUUCGAGGAGGGUGGAGGGUAACCAGUCGGCGAGUCGCGGCGGUCGCCGAGGCGUCCGUUUGCCUCCAAACAUGUUCCGAAACGCUUGGAUCUCUGGUUACCAUGUCAACCAGGUGCAGCACUGCUGCCCAGGAUUUGGAUCAGAGGCUCCGAGCAAACUUUGCAGCUCGACUUCAUUGCCUACAGAAGCACUGAGUUUUCAGAGUGACUUCUCCUUGACUUCCAAGACCGCUUUGGUCAAGAGUGUUUCGGACACAGAUGCCAAACUUCUGGUCGUUCUCCCCAAGGUUUCAGAGCUGAAGAAGUACUUUGAGGGAGCUUCCCCAGCAGAUUUAGAAAUGAACAGGAAGGAGAGGAUUGCACGGCGCCUGGAGGGGAUCAAAGGCGACCCUCCACUGGCUCUGGCGCCUGGAGGCUUUGUUGCCAACAGGAUGCUGGAGGAGGAUCCCCCAAGGUACACCAGGGCUUCGGACCCUUGUGAGCCAUGUGUGACGGUGAGGCGCUUCAGUCAGGAGGAGCUUGAUGCUCCCCAAAAGCAGGUGAUAUCACCACAGAGGCAGACCAAAGGGGGCCACCCGGUUACGCUGUCCCAAUCGUCUACACCCCCAUCAGCCCCCUCAGAUCCAAACAACCUGAGCUCCAAGGCAGAGCGCAUCGCUCGCUACAAAGCAGAGCGCCGCCGGCAGCUAUCGGAGCGAUACGGCAUCCUGCUGGACCAGGAGGUAGACAUUGAUUACGCGCCACACUACCGCUCCAGACUUGAUGCCUCUGACAGACAAAUGUCCGGGAGGCGGGACAGACCAGAAGUGGAGGUGACAGAACAGGGUGAAACCAGGGUGCCGUACCGCUCUGGUGUGGGCACAGUUUACAUAAGGACUCACCAGAAUGCUGUACCCGAAGACGCACUCAUCCCAACCAGCAAAGCUGCUUCCCAAGGGGGCAGAUUCUCAGAGCGGGAACAAGUGAUGAACAUGGAGAACUACCGGAGAGGCGGCACUCAGGAUCAACCUUCUCGAACGAGGGCCGAGGAUCCGCAUCGUGUGCCUCGUCCUCAACAGCAACAACAACAACAGCAAUUUCCACCUCACCACUACCAGCAUCAUGCAGAUUCAACCCACAGUGAGCCAAGCCCUGCCCCCAACGGGAACUACAGCGUGGCAGCGGUGCCCAGCUCACCUCGCACUGCCCGCCGGGCUUCACUGCCGUCUGCCCGCCACGGCAUCUCACCUGGGGAUUUGUUCAUAGAGCAGCAGGCGCAGAGCAUCCUCAACAGGCAGGGAAUCCGAGUAAGAGAUCAUUUAUCCAGCGAUGAAAGGAUGCAGAGGCCUCCUGAGUGGAGCGCAGACAGAUCUCACAGACAUCGUACUCAAGAGAUCCUGCUUCCACACUGCCCAGAACCCGACCAACAAAGGACUAUUUCUCAGCCUCAGUACAUAUCUAAUAGAGAGUAUCAACACCCUCAUCCUGCCCAAGAGUAUCAGCACCCUCACCCUGCCAUUGAACACCAGAACCAGCUGGUCAUGCCUGGUCCCCCAGAGUUACAAAACCGAAGGAGAGUAACCGCCGACCAGAUCUAUGCCGCCCACAGGGAGGCCAGGUUGGAGGCUCGCAAAGCCUUGAAAGAAGAAGUCCAAACAGAAGGUCUGCUGAAAAGUAGGAAAGCCGUGUUACCCUCAGAAAUCCGCCGCAGGGAGAAGACUAUGGACGAACCUCACAGGGUUCAAAAUGAACAUAUUGAAUGGCAAAACUACAGCCCAGAGCAGAGAGGAGCGAGUCGCAGUGAGGAGAACUGGGACGUGCUAAGAGAGUCAGGUUGCGAGCGGAAUAUUGAGAAGAUCAGAGAGAGAGGGAGGCAUCGCCAUUCAGGCCACGAGAGUCAGGAGGACAGUGUGUUGAGAUGUUCAGAAGCUGUUAGCCAUGCAGAGUCACCAGUACAGCAUCUUCAGGUGGACACCAGAACUAGACAGCGAGAUCCUCAAAUUAUACAACAAGAUUUUCAGAGACAGCACCACCCUGACCCUUUAAGGCAGUCUCAGGAGCCAAAACAGGAACGGGAUGAGAUUGAAAGACAAAAACACGUUUUGAGGGAGGAGAAUAUUCAAAGGCAGCAGGAUCAGUCAGGCCGGUCAAGAAGCGACUCUGUGCAGCAGGAACAGUCAGACCGGUCAAGAAGCGACUCUGCUGUUUACCUCCAGAAGGGUUCAUCUCUACCUCAGGCUAAACACAAAAGCGCUGAGGCGAGCGGAGGGCCCAAACCUAAGACCAGAACACGCUCCAUGUCAGACAUCGGCAUAAGUCAGCAUUCCGUCAUGUUCCAUAUGGAGAGGGCUGCCGCCACCCGGGAGACUUCCAGGGCCGUCCUUGAGUCAGGGGCAGCAAAUGGCGAGAUGGGCACCUUGGACACCCGUGUGUCGGUGGCCCAGCUGAGGCACUCAUACCUGGAAAAUGCCAACAGAAAGCCUGACCUUGAGAGCACCCAGUCAGCAAUGGAGGUGGAUGCUGCCAACAACACCGACCGGGACCAAGACCGGGAGCGGGGGGUUCGGAGGACCCGGCGUUACAUCACCCCGGGAGACGGACGUAUGUCGGAGAGGUGUCGGACUCAACCCAUCACCUCUGCGGAACGUCUGGAGACUGACAGAUCUCAUCUCAGUCCAGCAUUGCUACACGAUGCUGAAGUGGAUGAAGAAAAACUGGAUGAGAGAGCCAAGAUGAGCGUGGCCGCCAAGAGGUCCCUUUUUAGGGAGUUGGAGAAGACAUCGGAGGGAGGCGUUCCCAAGCCACGCUCCCGUAACGCCGCCGUGGAACGUCGUCUGAGGCGCAUUCAGGACCGCUCACACACCCAGCCUGUUACUACCAAUGAGGUGGUCAGUGCUUCCAGUGCUCCAACUACACCAUCACAUGUUGAGGAAGAACACACCACUGCCGCCACCAGUUCAAGUCUUGUAAGCACCACAGUGACCACUAUCAGCAUCCAGGCUUCCAGCCAAGCAGCCCCAGCAGUCCAGGAGCCUCAGGAUGAGACCCCCAAAGAGGAGACUACGGGCGAGGACCUGCAGGAGGACGACCUGUCCACCCUCAGCUUGGCAGAGAAGAUGGCCCUCUUUGACAGGCUCGCCCACCCCAAGGACAAACCGGCCGAGGUGACCCGAGGAGGGGACACCCGGCAGCGGCGCACUCGCGCCCGCUUUCAGACGCAGCCCAUCACUCAGGGGGAGGUGGAGCAGGUGACUGAGCCUCCAGUCAGCCACUUCGAGUCCAAACAGGAAGAACAUCUGAAACACAGCAGCCAAAUCAAACUGGAGCCCCUCCCCGCCUUUGUGGUCCGCUCCGUAGCAGCCGCCACCUCCAGAGCCUCUGUUACCACGGUAACCAUGACGCCCGGAGGUAGCAGCAGCAGCGCUGUCGUCAAAGGAGGGUGCGCCGCCACUACCGCCUCUGCCGCGGCCAUCCCUCACGUCCGCGCCCAACAGUCUCCCGUCACUGCAAACCUCCACCAGGAGAGGGCGCUGAAAUAUUUCUCCAUGACCCAGACGGGGGAUCCCGGCCAACCUGAGCUGGAGGCAGACUCCUCCCCUCUCCUCCCAAAAAGCUCAGAGGGGCUCGGGGCUCUCCCUGCUCGCAGACAUCAGGGGGAGGCAGCGGAGGAUGUUAGGUGGGGAGGCGCAGACCACAGCAAGCAGGACCGGCCUUCCCAAGACCAGGACAACCGAGACAGGAAGCAGGACACUUGGGAGCAUCCUCGGCCUCGGCGCUCGGCAGCUGAGCCGGAGCCGCAUCCCGACCCAGGAGCCCAGGAGGGUGAGGAGGAGGGAGAUCACGGCAGCACUCGGAUCCAAGCAGGACUCUCAGACCUGCAAGACUGCUCGGCAUCACUAAAACCUGCGAUCACCAAAGAGUCCUGCAGGACAACGUCUCACGUGUCAAGCAUCCAGCAGACACACCCUGUCCUCCAGCAUCCUCCAACUCCUCUCAAACCCUUCCUGCCCCAGACCCCCCCUGAGCUUCCAAAGCCCCAGUUGUACGUCCAGCCCCUCCAGGCCCCGCCCACAUAUCCCAAACCAUUUUCUCAGUCCCCACCAAGCCAGUCCGAAUUUCAAAAACCAGUUCCGAAGCCCAAACUCCAGGUGCCUCCACAGACACCACCCAAACCUCAGUCCUUCCCUCAGACGCUGGUCAAAUCCCAGUCCCUGCCCCUGGACCACAGCGACGACUAUAACAGGUUCGGCGUCCAGUCCGGGGAUCAGCUUUCACCCACAGAAUCCGGGGACCUGCUUUACGGCAUGUCCAGCAAACAGAUGUCCAUCAAGGAGAGAGUGGCACUGCUGAAGAAGAGCGGCGAGGAGGACUGGAAGAAUAGGAUCAACAAGAAAAAGGAAGCGGUGAAAGUGUCGACCACCGAACUGCAGACUCAGCGAUGGGAGGCGGAGCAGACCCACCAGAAGAAGGAGGAAGCGGUGGUCGUCCCCGACUAUUCAUCUGUGGCUGUGUCAGAGCAGCUGUGGGAGCCUGUCUUCUCCUCCACUUUCUCUCCUCCUUUUUCCCUCGGCCAAAAGUGUCAGUGCAUUGACCCCCACGCCCAGAGUCACCAGGUGGGAGAGGAAAACGAGGCCCAGAUGACCAUCGAGGAGAGGAAGCAGGCGAUCUCUGUCAGAGAAGAUGCCUGGAAGACGAAGGGGAAGGGAGCAGCCAACGACUCGGGCCAGUACACCGUGGCUGCACGCAUGGUCAAGAAAGGCCUCACUGCGUCCGCCUCGAUCAUCGGCCCCAUCCUGUCGCCAGUCUCCACCAAGCUCAAGAGCGGCACGGCGGUUAUCGGCAAACCUCAAGAAGAAAUUGAAGCUCGAGCCGACAUGGAGUCAGACAAGAAACUUGACAAAUUGGAAACCUUCCUGGGACGUCUGAACAGCAAAGUGGCAGACCUGCAGGAGACCACCCUGACAGUCACGGAGAAGGCGGUGAAGGAAGUGAUGAAGCUCGAUGACGAGAUCUUUACCAAGUUCUAUCGCCACGUCGCCGACUUCCCUCACAUCCCCACCAGGAUCGAGCUCAGCGAGGACUUUGACGCCAUAUUCGGUUCUCAGCAGGGUCCCAAGCUCACGUCGGCCAUGGUGCAGCACAAACGCUCGGUGCGUCCCUCCAGGAACGUCCAGGCCUCCAGGAACCCUCUGAAGAUGCUGGCCGCCCGGGAGGACAUCAGGCACGAGUACACCGAGCAGAGGCUGAACGUGGGCCAGCUGGAGAGCAAGAGGAUGUCCGCCGAGAAUGUGACAAAAGCCUCAGAAUUCUCAGAGGCCGCCCUGGCCGGUCUGGCCAGUAAGGAGAACUUCGGCAGUGUGAGUUUGCGCAGCGUCAACAUCUCGGAGCAGGUGUCCAACAACAGCGCCGUGCCAUACAAGAAGCUCAUGCUGCUGCAGGUCAAAGGCCGUCGUCAUGUUCAGACCCGACUGGUCGAGCCAAGAGCUUCGUCACUGAACAGCGGGGAUUGUUUCCUGCUGGUGACGCCUGAGCGCUGCUUCGUGUGGAUAGGAGAGUUUUCUAAUGUCAUUGAGAGAGCAAAGGCAAUGGAUCUGGCCACUUUCAUCCAGACAAAAAAGGACCUCGGCUGCAGGGCCAGCAAGGUGCAGACCAUUGAGGAAGCGGUUCACCCCCAGAGGCCGGAUUCCCUUAUGUUUUGGACCAUUCUAGGGGGACAGACAGCCUAUCAAUCUGCCGGCCCGCCAGAAGAGGACGAGCAUUUUGAGAAUGCCAUCGUGGAAACUAACUGCAUCUUUCGUCUGCUGGAUGACAAACUUGUCCCUGAUGAUGAAGAAUGGGGGAAGGUGCCUCGCUGCUGUCUUCUGUCGUCCAAAGAGGUGCUAGUGUUGGACUUUGGCAGUGAGGUGUACGUCUGGCACGGCAAAGAGGUGACGCUGGCGCAGAGGAAGGUGGCCUUCCAGCUGGCCAAACACCUCUGGAACGGCACCUUUGACUACACCUGCUGUGACAUCAACCCGCUGGACCCGGGAAGCUGCAACACACUCAUUCCCAGGAAAGGCCAAGGCCGACCCGACUGGGCCAUAUUCGGCAGGCUGACAGAGCACAACGAGACCGUCUUGUUCAAAGAGAAGUUUGUGGACUGGACCGAAGUGAAACCUCCGUCGCCAACGGAAGGCAGCGAGCUGGUACCGGAACAGCAGAAAGCCACAGCGCGAGAAUGCCGGCCGUACGACACCAACUUGAUGCUGCCUCUCCUCCAGUCGUCCGUCGCCACCAUCCUGGACGGCGUCAACGUCGGCCGUGGACAUGGCUCAGUGGAAACGGAGGACCGCAUGAGGACUCAGGAGAUAAGCACCGUUUCCGUGGACGUGUGGCACAUCCUAGAGUUUGACUACAGCCGCAUACCACGCCAGAGCAUCGGACAGUUCCACGAGGGGGACGCAUACGUGGUCAAGUGGAAGUACAUGAUCAGCACGUCAGUGGGACGCAGACACAACCCAGAGGUGAGGAGCACAGGACCUGGCAGGGAGCAGUGUUGUUAUUUCUUCUGGCAAGGCCGAUAUUCUACCAUUAGUGAAAAAGGAACGUCGGCGUUGAUGACGGUGGAGCUGGACGAAGAGAGAGGGGCCCAGGUCCAAGUGCAGCAGGGAAAAGAGCCUCCAUGUUUCCUGCAGUGCUUCAACGGUGGCAUGAUCGUCCACGCCGGCAAGCGGGAAGAGGAGGAGGAGAACAUCCAAAGUGAGUGGCGUCUGUACUGCGUGCGGGGCGAGAUGGCAGAAGAGGGCUACCUCUUGGAGGUGGCGUGUCACUGCAGCAGCCUGCGCUCGCGAGCAUCCAUGAUCCUGCUCAGCGUCAACAAGGCCGUCAUCUACCUGUGGCACGGCUGUAAGACGCAGCCGCACACCCGCAGCGUGGCCAACACGGCGGCCCUGAGGAUCAAAGAACAGUGUCCUCUGGAAGCUGGUCUUCACAGCAGCAGCAAUGUCAGCAUCCAUGAGUGUGAUGAGGGCGUGGAACCUCCGGGCUUCUGGGAGGCCCUGGGCCGCAAGGACAGGAAGGCCUACGACUGCAUGCUGCAAGAUCCAGGCAAAUUUAACUUCACUCCAAGGCUCUUCCAGCUGAGCAGCACAUCAGGAGAUUUUGUGGCCACAGAGUUCUUCCACCCGUCCAGUGCUCCGGACCUCGUCAGCUCUCUGCCCUUCCUGCAAGAAGAGCUGUACAAUGCAGCACAACCAGCGUUGUUCCUGGUGGACAACUUCCAUGAAGUCUACCUGUGGCAGGGCUGGUGGCCUCAGGACAGUGAGACUCCCGGUUCGGCUCGCAUGCGCUGGGAUGCGGACAGGAAGUGUGCUAUGGAGACAGUGCUGCAGUACUGUGAAGAGAAGAGCGACAAGAAGCCUCAGAAGUCCUAUCUGAUCCACGCCGGACUCGAGCCGCUCACCUUUACCAACAUGUUCCCCAGUUGGGAGCACCGGGAGGAUGUCGCCGAGAUCACUGAGAGGGAGGCAGAGGUGUGCAACCAGAUCAUCCUGGUGGAGGACGUGUUGGCCCGUCUUAAUCAGAACACCUUCCCUCUGGCCCAGAUGCAGGCCCGGCCGCUCCCGGAGGGCGUGGACCCGCUCCGGCUGGAGAUCUACUUGUCUGACCAGGACUUUGAGGAAGCUUUGGAGAUGAAGAGAGAGGAGUACGAACGUCUACCAGGGUGGAAACAGGUCAACUUAAAGAAAGUCAAAGGACUGUUUUAAGCACGUUUGAUUGAAGACGGAAGCAGAAGAGCACAAAAAGACUUUUGAGUGAUGGCGUCACUGAAACAGAAUGUUUACAUGAAGACUGGAGAUGUGCUACUUCCUGGUCCGGUGUCAGGACAUCCCGACAUGUUGGUCUUGAGACCAGAGACGGGGACUCGAGUCUGCGACUUGGACUUGUUAAAUGUUAUUGCCAACAUUUUUAAACACACUGUUACUGUUGGAGGCAGUACAAUACACUUGUGAAUGCCAAAGGAAAGCUUGCAUAAGAAGUAUUUUCAUAAGUGCAUACAUGCUGAC